AUGGGUAAUUAUAAUUCUGCAUAGACAUAGAAAGUACCUUAAGAGGAAUGUAAAGCAUGUAAUCCAUGUCCUGAAACUAGAUAAUUGAGAGAUGAAUGUAUCAUUUUAAAUGGAGAAGAAUAAUGCAAGAAGGAAAUGGAAAAUCAUAGAAUAUGUUUAAAGAAGCAAGGAUUUGAAUGA